AUGUCACCUAGUUUUUGUUUUCUAACUGCAAUCCUCUUUCUUCGAGACAACUAUAAGAUCAAGAUCAACGCACCACUUCACUUCUCCUCUUUUGAUUCGUUUGAGCCAUUUGAAGCAGAGAUCUCCCGUCGAUCGCCUCUAGCCGAGAUUGAAUUGAAAACUGCGCCUGCAGAUGUUCGUUUCCCGACUACCAACCAAACGAGGCAUUGUUUCACCCGCUACAUUGAGUUUAACACGUGUGUGGCUGCAAAGGGUGAAGGGGCUGGUGACUGCGAAAAAUUCGCCAAGUACUACCGUGCUCUAUGUCCUGGAGAGUGGAUCGAAAGGUGGAAUGAGCAGAGGGAGAAUGGAACUUUCCCUGGGCCCCUCUGAUCACAUCACCGUGUAAGGGUUUUAGUCCUUCUCCUCUUGGAAUUUUAAGCUGCAGUUGAGAUAAUAAAUUUUCGUUGCAAUUUUCUUUCUGUGCAUUUUUAUGCUUCCCCAAAACAAAUAAGAAGAGUUGCUGAAUCAAAUGAUGUUUUUCAGAUCUUCACUGUACCUUUUUCGUUGAUAUCAUCCUUUGAAUUUCUUGAAAUUUUCUGUUUAAAAUAUCUCGAAGUGCACUGUCUAAUACUAUGCCUUUUCUAACUUAUUUAAUGUGGAAAAAUGUAUAGUUAGAACAUGAUGUUUGCCAUGUUAUCAUAUGAUAAAGGUUAAGUAAUUUUCUACUCUAUGUG